AUGAGCAGCGUCCACUACAACCACUCCCUUGCUGCCAUGAGUGGAAACGACAUGAUGGCGCACUCUCUGACUCUGGAGCAGAAGACGGCAUUUGCUUUUGUGGGGAUGCUGCUGGUGUUCCUGGGGCUGCUGAUAGUGAGGUGUUUCAGGAUCCUGCUGGACCCCUACAGCAGCAUGCCCUCCUCCAACUGGGCUGAUGGCAUUGAGGGGCUGGAGAAAGGGACAUUUGAGUACGCCCUCACUUAACACAGGGACACACAUCAUACAUGUCCUUCCCAAUGGUAUUAUGCGCACACGUGGACGUGAACACACAAGCAACAAGAUCCAAUCUGCCGCUGUGCACAGCCACCGCACCCGACACUCCAUUAACACGUCUCUAUGUGACGCCGAGCUAGGACACCGAAGCUGUGUGUGCUGUUCAAUGUAUGUGCGUUGUUACUUUUCAGUUCCUUCACUGUAUGUGACCUCAUGUUUGUUAUGUCUGUGUGUGUGCGUGUUUGUGAGUGUGAGGCAGACACUGUGUCAUAUCCGCUGCCCUUCUGCCAGGAGGUCUGUAUUUCACCUCACUGACUAACACGACUCGGCCGAAGCUCCCUUUAACCCAUACUUCAAAGUUGAAUGUCUUAAGAUGAUAAAAGGGGAAUGUGUAUGGGAAACGGUGGGACGCUAAGGUGCAGCGGAUCUGUUCAGCUAUAGCUUGAAGA